AUGUGGGAGCACGUCACAACGCACAUUCAGGCGGCCGAAAAGUUCCUAGACACGCCAGAGAUCCCCUGGAAGUCACUUAUUACAUCAUUGCUAUGGAUCGUGUACCUGUUCGAGACAUACGUGUCGUGGCGUCAGUACCGGCUGUAUAGUCUGACGACGCCACCCAAAGCCCUGAUGGCUCAUGUGAGCCACGAAGACUUUGUGAAGAGCCAACGAUAUGGUCGCGACAAGGCACGUUUCGCGUUCGUGUCGGAUGCCGUCGCGCACAUGGUGAAUUUGGCCAGUGUUACAUACAAUCUUAGUGCACACGUUUGGGUUUGGAGUGGAUACGUCCUGGACUGGAUGAAGGUGGCACAUUCAGAGAAGGCGCUCUCAGGCGCAAACCUGGUUCUGGGCCUGAUGCUCCAGAUGCCCGUAGGGUUUAUCUUGGGUGCCUACCGGAACUUUGUCAUCGAAGAGCGGCAUGGCUUCAACAAGCAGACAUGGAGCAUGUACUGCAUGGACCAUGUGAAGCAAUGUCUACUAAGUGUGAUACUGGGUGUGCCGAUCAUGGCGCUGAUCGUCUCGGUUAUACGUUGGGCUGGCGAUGCCUUUGUCGUGUACACGGUGCUUCUUUUCACGGCGCUCAUCCUGUUCGGCACGAUCAUCUACCCGACUCUGAUCCAGCCCCUGUUCAACAAGCUAACGCCACUGAAGGAGGGCAUGCUUCGUGAUCGCGUCACAGCGCUGGCAUCCUCGCUCAAGUUCCCGCUCAAGCACCUGUACGUGAUCGAUGGCAGCAAGCGGAGCAGCCAUUCAAAUGCCUACUUCUAUGGCGUCAUUCCCGGCGGUAGCAAGCACAUUGUCAUCUUCGACACUCUUAUUGAACAGUCGACGACGGCGGAAAUCGAGGCUGUGCUCGCCCAUGAGCUCGGCCAUUGGGUCUACGCACAUCCCUCGAAGCUCUUGAUCAUUUCUCUCUCCAACAAUUACUUUACCACUCAUUCUUUUAACCGCUUUUUAUCCAUUAAAUGCUUCACUGUUCCCCUGCUUCUUGGUUUUCCGGAACAAGAUUUCCUCAGCCCCAAUGCCCUUACCUUCACGUAA